UGUUUAUAGCGGCUUACGUUUCGGUUUCCAUUGUAUAUGCUCAUUCUUUAUAGUGAACGGAUCAGGCUUCAUCUUUUGUUGAUCGCAUUCGCUACGUUUCAGUACCACGGCAACGUAGUGUACUCGUUUCUCUCUAUAUACAACUUCGUUUCAUGCUACUUGGUUCAGUCGUGAGUAAUACAUUCAUCGAAAUCGGACGUCGGCCGUGUCAAAUCCAACCACAUUUAUUCGGAACGUCAAACAAAACUAAAUAGGAGAAAAGAGAUUUCCUAUAUUCAAAAAUAUUACACUUUACUUAUUUCGUUAAAAUAAUUUUCUAUUAUUAGAAAGGACUACUUAGGAGCAUUUCAAGUGCAAAAAGCAGUGAAACGUUUUCAAUGAGAAAGAACACGAUUUGAUUGAACUCAAACAGAAAGUAAAGGGAAAAAAGAAUCAUCACAGAAGUAUGUUUAGUUGAAUAUACUGUGAAUUAAACGAGGAAACAAAAACAACGCACUCAUUAAAUUUAUUAAGUAGUAUUGCUGGGAGAAAAAAUCUAAUGAUUUGUGUGACGGCUCACAUCAGAGAUCAAAUCAAUCAGAAAACAAAAUAAAACGGUUUGAAUCAGUGUUUCAUGAAAGAAACAAAUGAUCGAUUGAAAAAACUUUUCUACUUUAGAUAAAGUGUAACAAUUUCUAACGAAUAACAACGACUGUUGUGCGCUAAUAAAUGUGUUUUCAGUUGCAAAUAGACACUUUCUUGAAUAACUGUUAAUGUGGCCAAAACAAUCGACAGUGUGUGUUAUUUUAUUUCCAAAUCGCAACAAAGGGAAAACUACCUACACCCUUCGCACCUUAACUGUGGAUAAUGACUACGACUUUCAUUAAUCGACCGAUGGCUUGGACCAAUCAACGUUUGAAAUAUACACAAAACGACUGUAUCAAUUUAAAAGCUUUGUGGAAAAUGCUAAUUUUAAACGAUAACCAUGAAAAAGAAGACAUCAAAAGCAAUAAGAGCUUAGGACUGAUUCCACAUUCGAUAAGCGACAAAAACUCGGAAAAUGAUAUGUCAUUAUUAAAAUUCUUCGCCAUUAACGCAUUGGAAUUAAGCGCUCCAGCCUCACCUGUGUUAUUACUACAGCAACAAAAAAGUAUACCAUCAGGAACUUGGUUACAACUAGCUGGACAUCCAGAAAGCAUUGCACCCGGGGCCAAUGGGAUUGUACGAAAGCGAAUUUCAGGCGUUGAUGAUUCCGAAGCCAUUGCAUAUCGUGGAAUCAGUAAAGAUGCUUAUGCAUCGAAAAUUGUACCAAAAUUUUUAGGCGUAACUGAGUCGAAUGGAGACACAUAUUUGGAACUACAAGAUUUAUUGCAUGGCUUCAGAGAUCCAGCAGUAAUGGAUAUUAAGAUGGGGAGGCGCACAUUUCUUGAGAGUGAAGUAAAAAAUACCAAAUUACGUAAUGACUUAUACAAAAAAAUGAUAGCUGUAGCGCCAACAGAGCCAACCGACGAGGAGCAUAAGCAAGAAGCUGUCACAAAACUACGUUACAUGCUGUUUCGAGAACGCAUGUCGAGCUCUGAAUCGAAAGGAUUUCGCAUUGAAGCACUGAGAAUGAAAGGUUCUUCGCCGAUUACAGAUCUCAAGACUGUCAAAAGCGAUACUGAUGUGUAUAACACCAUCGCCCGAUUUUUAUGCCGUAAACAAAAUGUGACCAAACAGUUAUUGGAACGACUCAAACAAAUUCGCGGCUACAUUGAAAAGUCCCAUUUUUUUCAACGUCAUGAAAUUGUCGGCAGUAGUAUAUUUAUUGUUUAUGAUGAAGAUCGAGUGGGCGCUUGGCUUAUUGAUUUUGCAAAAUCGCGUAGACUAGAUGAACACGUUAAAAUUGACCACCGUUCACAAUGGGAAAUUGGAAAUUUUGAAGAAGGAAUUCUAUAUGGUGUCGAUCAACUUAUUAGUAUAUUUGAAGAUAUUUCUGCAGAAUCAAAUUCAACGUAACGAAGUCGUAAAAAAACAUCGAGAACAAUCGAGGAAAAAUAUAGAAAAACAAAACUCUAACUCCACGGCCAGGGCUACAGGAGAUAAUGAUUGUUUAUUUACAAAAAUUUGUUAUUCUAUGAAUUGAAUAAUAAACAGACGCCAAGAAUGGGGGCAACAAAAACAUUUUUCACAACAUCUAGAUUACGGCUGUCUAAAUCGUUUGCUAAUGAAUGUUGUCCAAACAAAUCAACUAUUGCUGGUAACCUUUAAAUAUAAUGGUUUAAAUAAACAGAAAGGAAAGUUAUUGAUUGUAAACAUGUGAACAAAUAUACACUACCGUGCAAAAGUUUGGAACCACUAGGUAUUUUUCAUACGAAUUGACCAUUUUUGGUGGACCCAAAUUAACAUAUUUCGGAAACACCUGCACUCUUGAUAUUUUGUGCAUAGUUUCUACAACGUUUCAAUAGUAAAUCACAGAGGUUUCAUCAAAAAAUAUUCACGUAUUUAAAAACUAUAUCAAUUUGAAUUUGAUUUGUUUUAAUCUUCAUACAAAUUUGAUCAUUUGUCGCCUCAAAUUCGAAAUUUUUCGGUCAAAUUUUGGUAUAAUAUAUCUGCCCAAAUCGGACAUUUUGUCUGCUCAUUUUAGAAAUUCAUCUGGCCAAUUUAGACUUUGUCUGACCAUAUUAGAUUUAUCCCAUUUUUCACACAUUACAAAUUCAAAUUGCUAUAUUUUCGAAAUGCAUGAAUAUUUUUUGAUGAAACCUCUGUGUGUUUACUAUUGAAACGUUGUAGAAACUAUGCACAAAAUAUCAAGAGUGCAGGUGUUUCCGAAAUAUGUUAAUGAGUCCACCAAAAAUGGUCAAUUUGUAUGAAAAAUACCCAGUGGUUCUAAACUUUUGCACGGUAGUGUAUUUCAAAGCAAUAUUAUUUAAAAUACUUUUAAAAGAAUAAGUUGUUCUCGAAAAAUUGAAUUGAAACAUUUUCUAUGUAAAAGAAGUUCAAAAUGAAUUUUCCAAACAAAUUUAAGACUGAUGUUUAAGAGUAUAAACUUAGAAAAUUAAAGGAAAAACGUAUCUUAUAUUAUUUAAAAUUAUAUUUUUACACAAUGGGCGAACAUAAAUUACAAGAAAAAAAUACUAAAAACUAAUAUUCAAUCGUUUUAUUUUCAUUUCAUUCUGAUGUUUGCAUAUAAGAACAUUUCUAUUAAAGUUGCAAUAUUAAAUGAUUCUUUUACAAUUUUUUUUUACUGUCUCAUAAAUCCACGUUAACCAAAGCAAAUAUUGUAUGAAAAAUGUGAUAAGAAAACAUUGUUAUCGUAAAAUGCGCCAAUAACAAAAUAGGACAAAUUAUAAUUGUGUUAGGUAAUAUAGUGCAGAGAUUUUGAAUUCACUUCGAACAUUUUGCCGUUAUGCAACAUAUUUAUUAAAAUGUUGCGUAAUUUUUAUUUCACACCGGCGAAAUAUUAAUGGUAACGAGAAUUACUUUAGAUCACAAAAUGAAAAAAAGAAAUUUCUAAGAAAAUUAUAUGUUCACAAAUAAUUGCAGCAAAUUUAGUAGAAAAUAUGUAGGAAAUGCUAUUCACCCAUCAAAUUUUCAGAAACAUUUGAUUUGAUUUAUCAAAGCCAUAAAUAGAUACUGAAUAUUUCGA